CGUGACGUGCGUGGCGACGUGUCGGCCAUCUUGUGUUGUUGAGGCUGAGGACUGACUUGGGUUCUGAGAGACUCCCUGUCCCGGACCGCAGUGUUAAAAGGACCUGAACAAAGUCUGCUCAAACCUCCUGCUGUGAAGCAGAAGAACUUUUGAACAGGUUUCUCCACAUAUAAAAAUCUGUUGUUAACAUACGGGAAAAAAUGGCAGCGGAAACACAGACACUGAACUUUGGGCCUGAAUGGCUCCGAGCUCUGUCCAGUGGUGGGAGCAUUACAUCCCCUCCUCUUUCUCCAGCAUUGCCGAAGUAUAAAUUAGCAGACUAUCGUUAUGGCAGAGAAGAAAUGUUAGCACUUUUCCUUAAAGACAACAAGAUACCUUCAGACCUUCUGGAUAAAGAAUUUCUGCCUAUCCUCCAGGAGGAGCCCCUGCCGCCGUUGGCUCUUGUACCCUUCACGGAAGAAGAACAGAGAAACUUUUCCAUGUCUGUAAAUAGUGCCGCUGUCCUGCGAUUGACAGGACGAGGAGGAGGAGGCACAGUGGUGGGGGCUCCUAGAGGACGAAGUUCUUCGAGAGGACGAGGCAGAGGCAGAGGUGAAUGUGGUUUUUACCAAAGAAGCUUUGAUGAAGUAGAGGGUGUGUUUGGUCGAGGAGGUGGCAGGGAAAUGCAUAGGUCGCAGAGCUGGGAGGAAAGGGGUGACAGACGUUUUGAAAAACCAGGACGAAAAGAUGUAGGGAGACCAAAUUUUGAGGAAGGUGGACCAACAUCAGUGGGAAGAAAGCAUGAAUUUAUACGAUCAGAAAGUGACAAUUGGCGUAUUUUUAGAGAGGAACAAAAUGGAGAAGAUGAAGAGGGAGGUUGGCGGCUAGCUGGAUCUAGACGGGAUGGCGAGAGGUGGCGGCCUCAUAGUCCUGAUGGCCCUCGUUCUGCAGGCUGGCGGGAACACAUGGAACGACGGCGAAGGUUUGAGUUUGAUUUUCGAGAUCGGGAUGAUGAACGGGGUUACCGAAGGGUGCGCUCUGGCAGUGGCAGCAUAGAUGACGACAGGGACAGCUUACCAGAGUGGUGCUUAGAAGAUGCCGAAGAGGAGAUGGGCACAUUUGACUCCUCUGGCGCUUUCCUGUCUCUCAAGAAAGUGCAGAAAGAGCCUAUUCCAGAAGAGCAGGAGAUGGACUUCCGGCCUGUAGAGGAAGGGGACGAGUGCUCUGACUCGGAGGGUAGCCAUAAUGAAGAAGCCAAAGAGCCUGAUAAGACAAAUAAGAAAGAGGGAGAGAAGACAGAUAGAAUAGGAGUUGAAGCUAGUGAGGAAACACCCCAAACCUUAACAUCAUCUGCUAGACCAGGUACUCCUUCAGACCACCAGGCUCAGGAAGCACCACAGUUUGAGAGAAAAGAGGAAUCCAAAACUGAACAAACAGAAAAAGCUGAAGAAGAGAGUCGGACAGAAAAUAGUCUGCCAACCAAAGUGCCCAGCAGAGGGGACGAAAUGGUGCCUGAUGUCCAGCAGCCCCUGUCCCAGAUUCCUUCUGAUCCAGCCUCUUCUCUUCUCAUACUUCCACCACCUGGUCCCAGUCCUACUGCUGCCCUCCGGCCAGUAGAAACGCCGGUCGCAGGUGCCCCUGGAAUGGGCAGUGUUUCCACAGAGCCGGAUGAUGAAGAGGGUCUCAAACAUUUGGAGCAGCAAGCUGAGAAGAUGGUGGCUUAUCUCCAAGACAGUGCACUAGAUGAUGAAAGACUGGCAUCAAAACUGCAAGAGCACAGAGCUAAGGGAGUUUCAAUUCCGUUGAUUCAUGAAGCCAUGCAGAAGUGGUAUUACAAAGAUCCUCAGGGAGAAAUUCAAGGUCCCUUUAAUAACCAGGAGAUGGCAGAAUGGUUUCAAGCUGGCUAUUUCACUAUGUCCUUAUUGGUGAAGAGAGCAUGUGACGAAAGCUUUCAACCUCUUGGUGAUAUCAUGAAAAUGUGGGGAAGAGUUCCCUUCUCUCCUGGUCCAGCUCCCCCUCCUCAUAUGGGAGAGUUGGACCAGGAACGACUGACCAGGCAGCAGGAACUCACGGCUUUAUACCAGAUGCAGCAUCUCCAGUACCAGCAGUUCCUAAUACAACAACAGUAUGCACAGGUUCUGGCUCAACAACAGAAAGCAGCGCUGUCUUCCCAGCAACAGCAGCAGUUGGCACUUCUCCUCCAACAGUUCCAGGCUCUGAAGAUGAGAAUGUCUGAUCAGAACGUCAUUUCCUCAGUGACUCGGUCUGUGUCAGUGCCAGAUACAGCAUCUAUCUGGGAGCUUCAGCCAACAGCCUCACAGGCUGCAGUUUGGGAAGGUGGUAGUGUAUGGGACCUUCCUCAUGACACCACGACUCCAGGACCUGCCCUUGAACAGCUUCAGCAGAUGGAGAAGGCCAAAGCUGCAAAGCUAGAGCAGGAGAGACGAGAGGCAGAAAUGAGGGCAAAACGGGAAGAGGAAGAGCGAAAGAGGCAAGAAGAACUCCGGAGACAGCAGGAGGAAAUUCUUCGGAGACAGCAGGAAGAAGAGAGGAAAAGGCGGGAGGAAGAAGAGCUUGCCCGGAGGAAACAGGAAGAGGCUCUACGACGCCAGAGGGAGCAAGAAAUUGCACUAAGGCGACAGCGAGAAGAGGAAGAAAGACAGCAGCAGCAAGAAGAAGCUCUUAGAAGAAUGGAGGAGAGGAGAAGAGAAGAGGAAGAAAGGCGGAAGCAGGAAGAAUUGUUACGCAAGCAGGAAGAGGAGGCUGCAAAAUGGGCCCGAGAAGAAGAAGAAGCCCAGCGUCGAUUAGAGGAGAACCGGCUGCGAAUGGAAGAGGAGGCCGCCAGGCUCCGGCACGAGGAGGAGGAGCGGAAGCGGAAAGAGCUGGAGCUGCAGCGACAGAAGGAGUUAAUGCGCCAGCGGCAGCAGCAGCAGGAGGCUCUGCGGAGGCUACAGCAGCAGCAGCAGCAGCAGCAGCUGGCGCAGAUGAAGCUUCCCUCUUCCUCAACGUGGGGCCAACAGUCCAAUACAACAGCAUGUCAGUCCCAGGCAACGCUGUCAUUGGCUGAAAUCCAAAAACUGGAGGAAGAACGAGAACGGCAGCUUCGAGAAGAGCAAAGGCGCCAGCAGAGGGAAUUGAUGAAAGCUCUGCAGCAGCAGCAGCAGCAGCAGCAGCAGAAGCUCUCCGGCUGGGGGAAUGUCAGCAAACCCGCAGGUACCGCCAAGUCUCUUCUGGAGAUCCAGCAGGAGGAAGCCCGGCAGAUGCAGAAGCAGCAGCAGCAGCAGCAGCAGCAGCAGCAGCCGCCACCAAACAGAGCCCGGAACACUACGCAUUCCAACCUGCACACCAGCAUUGGGAAUUCUGUUUGGGGCUCUAUAAAUACUGGUGCCCCUAACCAAUGGGCGUCUGACCUAGUCAGUAGUAUCUGGAGUAACGCUGACACUAAAAACUCCAACAUGGGAUUCUGGGAUGAUGCAGUGAAAGAGGUGGGACCUAGGAACUCAACAAAUAAAAAUAAAAACAGCGCCAGUCUCAGUAAAUCUGUAGGUGUGUCUAACCGGCAGAAUAAGAAAGUAGAAGAAGAAGAAAAGUUGCUGAAGCUCUUUCAGGGAGUAAAUAAAGCCCAAGAUGGAUUUACCCAGUGGUGUGAACAGAUGCUUCAUGCCCUUAAUACGGCAAAUAACUUGGAUGUUCCCACAUUUGUUUCUUUCCUGAAAGAAGUAGAAUCUCCUUAUGAGGUCCAUGACUAUAUCAGGGCCUACUUGGGAGACACAUCUGAGGCCAAGGAGUUUGCCAAGCAGUUCCUCGAGCGCCGUGCCAAACAGAAAGUCAACCAGCGGCAGCAGCCACCGCAGCAGCCGCAGCAACAGGACUCUGUGUGGGGGAUGAACCACAGCGCACUACAUUCAGUAUUUCAGACCAAUCAAAGCAACAACCAACAAUCCAGUUUUGAGGCCGUACAGAGUGGCAAGAAGAAGAAAAAACAGAAGAUGGUCCGAGCAGAUCCCAGCUUGUUAGGGUUUUCAGUCAACGCUUCAUCGGAGAGACUCAAUAUGGGUGAAAUCGAGACUGUGGAUGACUACUGAGCACCUGCCAGUGCCUGGCCUUCCCUCUCUCUCUGCUGACCAUGGAUUCUCCACCUUGGGACACAACACUUAGCAUUUACUCCUCCUCACUCUGCAACAAAUCACAGAACCGAUCAUCUCAGGCUUUUUCUUCUAGCCCGUUGUGUCCAAGAUCUUUAAACCGUUUUUGUUGGUGAGCAUCUCAGACUAUAGAUGAGUGGACCAGACCGUGUGUCUCGGGGGUGGCAGUUGGGAUUUCUCCCCAACAAGGCCGUGUUCGGCAGCACGUGUUCACCUCGUGAUUUCAUCUACUGUCCCCCAGAAAGUGUAUUGGGAUCUGCCAAUAGCAAUUUACUUUCUGUUGUCACUUUUUUCCUUUUAUCUUGUUUUUCUUCUUCAUUUUAUUUCCCCCCUCCCCCAUAAGGGCAAGGGGUCUACCUGGUGCAGUCGUGAAGAGAGUUCAUGGUAACAGACAUUGGCCAGCAACGACGCCCAUGUACUGUGACGUGAGCGUCCGACAGGCCGUCGGCACUCUCCCGGUCUGAAGGCUGCAUGGCCACUGCUGCCUUCGGGAUUGCAUCCCAGAGGCCCUGAGUGGGGUGGAGUUUAGAUUGCAUUGUUUGGCAUUGCACACCCUUGGCCUGUUCCUUCUGAGCAUCCUUUCGGAGAAAGGACUCAUGUUUCUUCAUUAGAUAGUGACUUCCAAGCAAGCUGCCUUCUCCCCUGGCAUACUCCAGCCCAAUUGGACAGAGGAGACCCUGGGGCCUGGGAGAGGGACUUACUCUUAAUUUUCCUUUCUUACAAAACUGAUUUUUCCCAUAAAUAUUUUUACUUCAGA